AUGGCAGAGUCGGGGUGGACAUCGGAUUCAAAACAAUCUGUCUUAGCGACAUCGGAUGAAGAAAAUGAGUUUUGUUGUGAUCCAUGCGAACACGACGGUCACAUUCUCCCUGCAGAAAGCUACUGUGUAAACUGUCAGGAAUAUCUGUGCUCCGUGUGCUACACAAUUCAUCUUCAAUCCGUUGUUUGGCGACACCAUCGCCUAAAAGAUAAAAUUUCAAUGCCGAAAGCAAAGGCAGACAGGAAGAAGUUUGGUGUCUGUACACAGUUAUGCGACCACCACGUUGACAAGACAAUCGAAUAUUUCUGCAAGUCACAUGUAUAUUUUGGAUGCUCGACAUGUAUGACGGAGGAACACAACACAUGCGAGAAAAUUGACUAUAUCCCGGAAGUUGCAGUUACGUUUGAAAAAAGUAGGGAACUGAACGACCUUCAAAAGAGUCUAACGGAACUCUUGAAACUGAACGAGAGUCAAAAAUUAGGGAUUAACCGUAAGUCUAAAGCUGUUGCUGUUCAAGCCGAAAGAGCGAAAGGUAGAAUUAAGACAUUACGUAAAGAGGUUGAUGAAAUAUUUGAUGAUAUGGAGAAGGAAAUUGAUGCUCUAAAACAAAGCGACGAUGACAAAAUGGCAGAAUUAGCAAACAAAGUAAAAUUUUUGGCAGAAGAAGUUCAGAGACAUAUCAGUCAUAUAGAACGCAAUCUAAAUCAACGGAAACUAUGCCAGCUAUUUAUUGAAACGCAACAUGUGCUGAAAUAUUUACCUGAUCUAUCCGUAGAAGUAGUCAGAAUUAGAGAGAACAGUGACAUUCAACGAUAUCAGUUUAAUGAUUCCGAAAUCAGGGAUAUAAUAGAGAAACUAAAAGAAAUCCCAGCUCUCGAUAUCAAGGAUCAGUAUGCUAAAGUGCCAGAACUUAAAAAUGAUUUAAAUGUUCGAGCAGAUGGCGAAGAAAACGAAUGUGAAAUAACGGGUAUUGCACAGUUAUCAGAGGACCUGCUUGUAGUUGCGGACAACAAGAAUGAUUCUGUUAAACUGAUUGACAUCCUAAAUGAAGACAUUAAAUCCGUCUUUAAGUUUCUAGCAAAUGACAACUCUAGGAAACCAUUUGAUGUGACAAAAAUAGAAGAUAACGCACUGGUUGCUAUAACCUAUCCAUUAGAAAAGAAAAUUGUCUUCCUGGCUGUUUCAUUAUCUGAAAACAUGACGAUAAAUAGAGUAAUAGGUGUAAAUGGAAGUUGCUUUGGCAUAGAAUGCGCAGGAAAUACAUUGAUUGUGACAUUUAACGAGCCUGCCUGUGUGAAAAUUCUAGCAAUGACAGGAACAGUAAUUAGGACAAUAGAAAGACAUUUUACCGAUUUUCCAGACUAUGUAGCAGUACACCCGGAUCAGAAAAAGAUAUAUAUUUCAAGCUGGGAAGAGGAAGAGGAAAUUCAAUGUCUAGGGAAAGUGACAUGCACGACAGCAGAGCGGGAAACAAAGUUUGUGUAUAGGGAUAGAAUAUUAGAAGGACCACAAGGCGCGUGUGUCGGCAAUUUUGGUGCGGUUUAUGUUUGUGGUUAUUGGUCAGAUAACGUUCUUCAGUUGACGGAAGACUGCAGAUUUAUCCAAGAAAUACUUAACAAAGACGACGGUUUACAUGAACCAAUGUGUAUCACUCUGAGUAAGCAAAGUGAAGUCUGUAUAUUGGAAUGA